ACUAUGAUUGCGCAGAUGAUGACCGGUUUGCCCGCCGGGUAACUUUCGUAUUUUUCAAUUUUCUCCAGUCGCAAGUGUCACGCUGUUCCGGUCAGUGCCGCGUUUCUCGUCCGCUCGUUCGCUCAUCAUAUCGCUUAUAUUAUUAUUAUUUUUCUACUGUUGUAUCGCGGAGACGCGAUCGCACUAUACAUCUCAUACAUAAUCCCGACGGUAGUGAACAAUUUACGUAAUUUUCCCGCAGAAGUGCUCUUCUCGCCACGUAUUCGCUGCAAAAUGCGGCGCUUAAUACUUUUCGUCAUCUUAUCGACCACAGGGUUGAUAGGAUGUAAGGCAUCUUCUGAAAGUCGAUGCAAGUUUCCUGGUGCACCAGCACAUUCAACUGUAACAUUUUCCAAUGAGACCUUAUUGGCUGGUACAAUCGCAACAUAUAAUUGCGAAAGAGGAUUUGAACUUUUAGGUCCAGCGAGAAGAGUUUGUGAACCCACCGGUGAAUGGCUACCAGAAGGAAUACCAUUUUGCGUGUUAAAUGUGGCUGCAGGUAAAGCUCCUAUGCAAAUCAGUUCAGAACCUGGUGGUCUACCACAAAAAGCCAUCGACGGUAGCACCAGCUCAUUCUUCAGUCCCGAAACUUGCACCCUCACUAAACCGGAACGUACCCCAUGGUGGUAUGUCAACCUAUUAGAACCUUAUAUGGUUCAGUUGGUGAGAUUAGAUUUUGGAAAAGCUUGUUGUGGAAAGAACAAACCAGCCACGAUAAUUGUGCGAGUGGGAAACAAUCGACCUGAUCUAGGCACGAAUCCAAUAUGCAACCGAUUCACUGGGUUUAUUGAUGAAGGCAAACCGUUGUUUCUUCCGUGUAAUCCGCCUAUGCCAGGAGCAUUUGUUAGUGUCCACAUGGAGACAACUAGUGGAUCUACUCAGCUAUCAAUAUGUGAAGCUUUCGUUUACACCGAUCAAGCGUUACCAAUUGAAAGAUGUCCACAAUUCAGGGAUCAACCCCCAGGAAGUACUGCUACGUAUAACGGAAAGUGUUAUAUAUUUUAUAAUCGACAGCCUAUGAACUUAAGAGAUGCUCUAGGUUUUUGUAGAUCAAGAGGAGGGACAUUGGUUGACGAAAGCAACCCUGCAUUACAAGGAUUCGUUAGUUGGGAAUUGUGGAGAAGACACAGGAGCGAUUCACAAAGUCAAUACUGGAUGGGUGCUGUAAGAGAUAGCCAUGAUAAAAAUAAUUGGAAAUGGCUGAACGGUGACGAUCUAACCGUAUCAUUUUGGAGUGUUCCAGCAAGUGGACCUGAAGCAACAGCUUUAAAUGGCGGCGACUGCGCACGAUUCGAUGGUUCUAAAGGCUGGUUAUGGUCAGAUACUAACUGCAAUGCUCCACUAAAUUUUAUCUGUCAACACCAACCUAAUGCGUGUGGUAGACCAGAACAACCACCAAAUUCAACAAUGCUCGCCGAAAACUUUAAUGUUGGCUCAUCGGUUGAAUAUUCUUGCGAUGAGGGUAAUUUGUUGAUUGGUCCUUCGACUCGCACAUGUCUCGGAACAGGAUUUUAUAAUGAGUUUCCACCAGUCUGUAAACGAAUUCAAUGCGGCUAUCCUGCGGAAAUUUCCAAUGGCAGUUAUAAGUUAAUUAAUGGUACGAUAAACUAUUUAAGCCAAGUACAAUACAGUUGUGCUGAAGGAUUUAAAAUGAAUGGUAGAGAUCGAUUAAUUUGUGAUUUAGAUGAAAGAUGGGAUGGACCACCUCCAAAGUGUACAGUUCAAAAAUGUGACGAUCCCCCAAUAAUAUCAAACGGUGAAUACCAAAUGUCAAACAAUGAAAGUACCGUUGGAACUUUAGUGGAAUAUUCUUGUGUGACUAGACGAUUUCGUUUGGUAGGACCUAAACAAUUAGUCUGUUUACCAAGUGGUCAAUAUGAUAAUAAGCCACCUUAUUGUAAAGAAGAUAUUAUUAAAACACCAGCGGUAACACCGAUUUUAGUAACUAAAACUAUAUCUACCAGUACUGUUCCUAGUAGUCGUGCACCACCUUCUCCUUCUACUAGAGAAAAAUCAAGACCAUUCACAGUCAAACCUACUAUAUUAACUAAACCAAUCAAUGACCAAGACGAUAGCGGCCAGACGUCGUCAAAUGUGGUAAUUGCAUCGGCGCAUCCGCAUGACAACGAGAUUCCAGACAGUGUUCACGUCCGAACAAAUCCAAACGCUGCAAACAUACCGUCUCAGGUGGAAAGCGAACACCGACUUGGCCCUAAACUGAAUUUAGGGGCAAUAAUCGCGCUGGGAGUGUUCGGAGCAUUCGUAUUCCUGGCAGCAGUUGUGACCACAAUCGUUAUACUAGUUAAAAGGAACCGCAGUGCCAAACAUUACCGCCACCGAGCGUCACCGGACACGAACACGGUGGCUUCGUUGGACUCGUCCGGGUCGGAGAGCCGGGGCGGACUGAACCGGUACUAUAGGCAGGCGUGGGAGAACCUGCACCAGUCGGCUGCGUCUCCGAAACACUCGCGUCAGCACCAUCACCACCAUCACCAUCACGGUGCGGGCGGCAGGCGCAAGGAAACCGUAAUGGACUCGUCGCCCCGCGUGGAAAGUAUGCGCGACGGUGCUGAGUUGGUCGUCAACGAUGUGUACCAUCCACGGUCGCAAGACAAAAAACGGCAUCACCAUCAUCAUCAUCAUCAAAGCAGACCGGUUAACAGAUAUUGAACGAUUACAACACGGGGUAGGCUCAAAUGAGGAUUUCGAUGUUGCUUUAUGCGAGGCAUCGCUCACGCGAGGGUUCCACGUUAAAUCUAUACUCUACGCAUAUAAAUGUAUACCUAGUGAAUUUCCAUAUACAUAUACAAGAACCUAUAAUAUUUGAUUCGUGUAUAAUAGGUCCAGACCGCAAUAGUAGCCAUAGUUUAUUCCAAAAACGAAUAACCCUUGAGUUAAAUAAAUACCAAAGAAUUAGAUGUUUUAUUUAAAACACGAGAUAAUGCAAAUGAUAAAUUUCGUUGAUUUGAUGAUCCAAAGAAUAUUUAUAUUCAUUUUUCUAAAUAAUACGUUUCGAGCAAGUUGCUUUGAUAUUUGGUUGAAUAUAUUUACGUGAAAGGUAAAUAAAUAUCUUAUAUGGACAUAUUGAUUAACAGUGAUUUAAAAUUAUUAUUGACAAAUGUUAAUUCAAGCAGAUAUCAAAGUAUUUAUGAUUGUUAUGUAAAUAAAAUUAUAUAAUAUUUAAAAAUAACAAUUUAAAAUUCGUUAUUUAAUAAAUCUACGUGGUUGUUUUUAAAUAACUAACAACUGUAUUUAAAAUCUGCAUUUAUAAAAAUAAAAUUUACAAUUGAGUAUUGAUUCAUUGAAAAACUCAAAUCUACGAUAAUAUUGAUUGUUUAAUCUUAUCGUGUAAAAUAUUCAUACAUUUAGUGUGUACAUAUUUGAUGUAACAAAAUAGUGAAUAGUAAAUAGAAACAGUUGAAAUUAGAUAAUUUUCCAGGAAAGUCUGAAUACCUAGUCUAAUAUGCUAAUUGUUUGGCUUUUUAUUCCAACAACAACAUUUUUCAAUACUUGCGAUUUUGAAGUCGUUUACUUGUUACAAUAAGUUAUAACUGUAUACUUUAUUUCUAUAUUUUGUUAUCUCUAUUGUAUUAUCACAUACACAUUAAUUUAUAUUUGAUUAAGAGUUGACAUGUUUCUAUGUUGUAUAACACUAAUAUUGCAACUUAUCAACGACUGACAGCUAGGAAAGGAUGGAAGCUUAAAGUCAACAACAAAAAAAAAAAAAAUUGGAAUCCUCAUUUUGGUCUUUUAAAAAUAUAAGAUCCCCUAUAAAUUAUAGUGUCAGCAUUGGGCAUAAUAUGUAUUAUAUAUAAUGUUACCUUUUCUGACGUUGAAGUUUAAGUCAA